AUGUCGGCCACCGAGGACAUGCUUGUGUUGUUUCGCUCGUUCUAUCGCAGUGGCAAAGGUUUCCAGGCGCAGGUACGCGCCUUACCAGCAACCGGUUCGUUCUUGGCCUGGUCCGAGUGGUCUGCGUGCAGUGCAUCGUGUGGCGCCUGUGGCAUCAGGCAUCGUCGACGCAUAUGUGUCGGUGGUGCCUGUAUGUUAGUUUAG